GGACUUUACGGUUGCAAGACCGUUGUGGUACCAAAGCCUCACAUCGGCAACAAGGUUGUGACUUUCAAGGGAAGUUGCCAUCUGAUGACGAGAUUUAGUGAGAGGGUUAUGUUGAAAAUUCAGAUUUUAAAAGGAACGCAAAACGACAAACCAAUUGAUAGCACAGCGCAGCGAGUUCCUCCGACAGUGUACAGGCAGGGAGAUCUUUCCACGUGGACGGCUAGGAUUUCUAUUGUUGAUGACUUGAGGCCAUAUGAUGAUAUGAACGAUGAAGCUAUAACGGAAGGCUCCAAUUUUCUUAACCACGCUGAAUUAAAUAAAGCAUCAGCUACAGCUUAUCUCUUGAGCUCACAAACAGAAACAGCCAUGGUGAAAUUAGAGAUGACCUCAUCCCCUACACCAGGGUCGUCAUCACUUUCCGUCGAAAAAUCCGAUCAGCCGCCGGAAAAUUCAACUCCGCUUGCUAAGAAAAAACGCAGUCUUCCCGGGAUGCCAGAUCCAGAUUCUGAAGUAAUCGCGCUGUCCCCAAAAACGUUAAUGGCGACCAACAGAUUCGUGUGCGAGAUCUGCGGGAAGGGUUUCCAGCGCGACCAGAACCUACAGCUCCACCGGCGCGGCCACAAUCUCCCGUGGAAGCUCCGGCAGAGGACGGGCAAAGAGCCGAGGAAGCGGGUCUACGUCUGCCCGGAGCCGUCGUGCGUCCACCACGACCCCUCGAGGGCCCUCGGCGACCUCACCGGAAUAAAGAAGCACUUCUCCCGGAAGCACGGCGAGAAGCGGUUUAAGUGCGAGCGCUGCUCCAAAAAGUACGCCGUUCAGUCCGAUUGGAAGGCUCACAUGAAGACCUGCGGGACAAAGGAGUACCGCUGCGAUUGCGGCACUUUGUUUUCCAGGAGGGAUAGUUUCAUCACGCACAGGGCGUUCUGCGAGGCGCUGGCGCAGGAGAGCGCCGCGGCCCGAACCCGGCCUCCGGCGGCGGCGGUGGCGGUGGCGAGCUCGGGCGGGGAGUCUGCGGCGCCGCCGGCCGGUGCCGGUUCGAGUCCGGCUCUGUCGCCGCUCACACCUCAGGCCGGCGUGUUGUCGUCCCCAGUGCUGUCCGUGCAAAGUUCAGCCGAGCUGCCGGAAAAUCAAACCACUGUUGCCGCCAUAUUCAACCCAUCAUCAUCAUCUUUCUUAGGCCCGUGUGGGCCCGCCGUGGACCCCAUAUCUCUCUCACUAUCCAACUCAUUGUACGCCACGUCAGCAUCUUUAUUCACAUCCUCCACAGCCCAAAACAAUCAUUACGUCCCAUGCCUAGACCCGGCCCUAUCCGCCACUGCCUUGCUUCAGAAGGCGGCCCAAAUGGGCCCAAUCUCAUCCAGCCCUUCAUUCCUCCACGGCCUCUGGCGAGAUCAUCAUCAUAUCUCCACAUCGUGUGGUGUGAAGCUGGAGAAGAACUUAAUGGCAUCUGGGCUUGGGCUUGGGCCUCCGUCAAGUAGUUUUGGUAAUGACGUGAUGCUGGGCCCAUCGGCUAUGUUUGGGAAUAAGCCGCCAACGCUGGAUUUUCUUGGGCUAGGCAUGGGAGGAGGUAAAGAAGGGCCCGAGGUAUCUUCCGGGCUUUCUGCCUUUUUUAGCCCGAUUAGUGGCGGGCUUGACAUGACGGCUGCUUCGUUUUCCGGGCUUAGGCCCGGUGGAGAUGGUUGGGAUGAGGAUUCAUCUGAGAGUAAACCUUCCAUUUUGUAGCUUUGAUUUAGUUAGGGUGGUGAAGAAAGGUUUUAUUUAUUAUCNGGUGAAGGUCAAGUUAUUGUUUCUACGAAGAAUUUUUAUUUAUGGAAUGUUUUGGUACGAAAUUUGUGUCUUUUUGGGCCAAUAGACUUUGUGUACAAAUUCAA